CCCUGCCGCCGCGGCUCUCGCGGGAUGUUCUAUGCCGUGAGGAGGGGCCGCAAGACCGGGGUCUUUCUGACCUGGAAUGAGUGCAAAGCACAGGUGCACCGGUUUCCUGCUGCCAGAUUUAAGAAGUUUGCCACAGAAGAUGAGGCCUGGGCCUUUGUCAGGAAAUUUGCAAGCCCGGAAGUUUCAGAAGGGCAGGAAAAUCAACAUGGACAAGAAUCGGAGACGAAAGCCAGCAAGCGACUCCGUGAGCCACUGGAUGGAGAUGGAGAUGAAAGCGCAGAGCCCUAUGCAAAGCACAUGAAGCCGAGCGUGGAGCCAGCGCCUCCAGUUAGCAGAGAAACGUAUUCCUACAUGAGAGACUUCGUCGUCGUCUACACUGAUGGCUGCUGCUCCAGUAAUGGGCGUAGAAGGCCACGAGCAGGAAUCGGCGUUUACUGGGGGCCGGGCCGUCCUUUAAAUGUAGGCAUUAGAUUUCCUGGGCGGCAGACAAACCAAAGAGUGGAAAUUCAUGCAGCCUGCAAAGCCAUUGAACAAGCAAAGCCUCAGAACAUCAAUAAACUGGUUCUGUAUACAGACAGUAUGUUUACGAUAAAUGGUAUAACUAACUGCGUUCAAGGUUGGAAGAAAAAUGGGUGGAAGACAAGUGCAGGGAAAGAGGUGAUCAACAAAGAGGACUUCGUGGCACUGGAGAGGCUGACCCAAGGGAUGGACAUUCAGUGGGCGAGUAUCUUAAAUGUUCAUGUCCUAUGGCUAUUAUGACCAAAUAAGCUAAGU